AUGCGAGACCCGCCCCACUCCGAUCACCACCAAUCCACCCAGGAAGAAGCAGACAAAGAUGUCACUGCCAGUGUCCAGGGUGAACACCCCGACGCACCCCUCCCGACACCCUACCGCGACGACCCCGACUCACUAGCAGAGUACGAACCCCGACCCAUCUCUGACGACGACGAUGAAUAUGACUCCGCCGAAUCCGCACGCCCACGCACGAAAUGGGCCGCUUCAGCCCGCAUCUUCUGGCUCCGGAAUAAAGGCAUGUUCCUCGUCCUGCUAGCGCAGAUGUUCGGCGCAAGCAUGAAUGUUAUGACCCAGAUUUUGGAAAUUCAUAGUUCGAUGCAUCCAUUCCAGGUCCUCUUCGCUAGAAUGUCCAUCACAGCAGUAGCAAGCUAUAUCUACAUGUAUCUCUUCAAAACACCACACCCACUCGGCACGCGUCCAGUCCUGGGGCUGUUGUUGCUCCGCGCAACAAGCGGGUUCAUGGGCGUGUACGGCCUAUACUAUUCAGUCCAAUACCUUCCCCUCUCCGAGGCAACGGUCAUCACCUUCCUCGCGCCGAUUAUUACAUGCUACGCCUGCUCGCUGCUCAUCCCUGGCGAGACGUUCUCAAGGCGGCAGCAGGUUGCUGCGGUUAUUUCGCUGGGGGGUGUUUUUCUUAUUGCGAGACCUUUCUCCUCCUCCAGCAACGAGGUCAAGGGGGAAGGGAAAGAAUCCCCCUCCGACACAGACGCCUACCACCACAUCCUCGCGACAAUCGUCGCGAGUCUAGGCGUCCUCGGCGCAGCAGGCGCAUACACCUCUAUCCGGAUGAUCGGUAAACGCGCACACCCGCUCGUCUCGGUAACGUACUUUUCCUCCGUGACGACGGUGAUAUCUGCAGCGGCGAUGGCAUUGAUUCCGGGUGUUCCGUUCCGGGUUCCGAGCACCGGGUUGGAGUGGUUGUUGUUGACCGGAUUGGGGGUUUGCGGGUUCUUGCUGCAGUUUUUGUUAACGGCGGGUUUGGCGUAUGUGCCCCCGAAACAUUUAGCCCGGACAGGGCAGGGGUCUAGAGCGACGAGUAUGGCGUAUACGCAGGUUGUUUUUGCGCUUUUUUAUGAUAAGGUUGUUUGGGGGACAACGCUUUCGGUGUACGGAUGGGUUGGCUCUGGCCUGAUUCUUGUUUGUGCGGUUUACGUGGUGCUUGCGCAGGAGGGGGGGAGGUCUGUGUCGUCUCCUGCAGAGAGUGCGAGGGAGAGGCAUCGUAAUGCGAAGAGGGAUGACGAGGAGGCGCGGGUGUAG